AUGGUGAGCUCCAUGUCCAUUGAGUUUAUGUGUGAGAAGAAGACGGAAGAUGGGGUAAUAACUGGGAAACAAACUGGAUUGAGAAGUUGGCUCCUGCUCUUCUGCACAGGAGAGAUGGAAGAAUUCUUGCGCUCUGUCGCCAGGCCUGGGGUGAAAAGCGGAGGGGCUUUCGGUGUCCUGAGGGGCCGCGUCUGCCUUGCAGAGGCGAGGAGGGUGGCUGUCAUCUCCCGUGACCUCUGCUCCGCUGCCGAGCGCUGUGUUUCUUACGAGGAAUUCAAAGACUUGAAAAAAAGCAACAUCGUCCACAUAGAUGUCCGCGAAAGAUGGGAGAUCGACAGAUUUGGAAAAAUCCCGGAGUCCAUCAACAUACCUUUGAGCGAAUUAGCGGAAGCUCUGCAGAUGAGCCCAGCGGACUUCGAGGAGCAGUACCGUCAGAAGAUGCCUGCCAAGUCGGACCAUAUGGUUUUCUCCUGCUUGGCAGGAGUGAGAAGCAAACAGGCACUGGGUUUUGCCAUGGCCUUGGGUUUCAGCAGAGUUCAACACUAUGCUGGUGGCUUUGAGGAGUGGGCAAAACGUGAACCUCCAGAGCAAAAACGAAGAUGAUGACUCCCAACCCCUGCCCCACCAGGACUUCAGGAUGCUUUGUAGGUUUUAAUGUUCAAACCGCAUGGAUUCCACUUCCAGAAGACAGCCCUCUCCUGUUUUCUUUUGUCACUGGACAUUUACCUUUAAGUAGCCAUGCAUAUUAACUGCUUGGUGUAAAUCAAAUCUGAGGACUAUGAUGUGAACAGAGUUUGUUCAACACUUGCUAUGGGCUGUGUCCUUCGCUGGAACUAUGUGAAGACAACUUUAAUAGUUAGGAUGUUUACUAGGAUUUUUGUGUAAUGUGGUUUAUGUCUGUUUAAACAAAUGGUGGUAAUACUUUAUUAUAAACUUACACUUUCCUUAUGAACUGUGUUGGGUAGUUUGUCGGGAAUAGACUGCAGUUAUUCUAAUGCAAUUGGGAUAACUGUCCUAAGCACAAAUGUUUUGUAUAGCUAUAGUUCUGAAACAUCUGUUGUGUUCCGAAGAGUACAAGUAGAGGGUAGGAUUUGUUAGGUUUGUACUGUGUGAUUGCAAGACCUAAAAUCCACUGUCGAUCACAAAAUACAACAAGAAACUGACUAACUGCAAAA